AAUUUUUUCUACGAAAUCAGGAAGAGAACAUAAUAAAAACGCCUGGUGCAAUUCAAGUAAACACUGAUUUGUAAACAAGUUUGGGAUAUGACGGACGUACCGCAGGCUAAACGUUAUCGUCGCGAGGAUAAUGAAAAAAAUACUGACGAUGAGGAAAUUGACGAUUAUGUACCCUAUGUGCCGGUCAAGGAGCGUAAAAAACAACAGUUAAUGAAACUUGGAAGAAUUGUUCAGCUAACAUCGGAGGCAGCUGCACAACCAAAGUCAUCAAGCGAAAAUGAAGGCGAUGAGGAGUCCCAAGGAGCAAAUGAAGCUGAAUUAUGGGGACGUAAAUAUAAUAUCAGUUUGUUGGACCAGCAUACCGAAUUAAAAAAGAUAGCUGAGGCUAAAAAGAUAAGUGCUGUUGAGAAGCAACUGAAGGAGGAAGAGAAGAUUUUGGAAAGUGUAACACAACAAAAAGCUUUGAUGGGUGUAGCAGAAUUAGCCAAAGGUAUUCAAUAUGAGGAUCCUAUCAAGACUAGUUGGCGGCCACCUCGCUAUCUUAUCGCUAUGUCAGAAGAGCGACGAAAUGCAAUACGUAAACGUUUACGAAUUCUUGUCGAAGGGGACGAUGUGGCGCCACCGAUUCGUAGUUUUCGUGAAAUGAAAUUUCCUAAAGGCAUACUAAACGGACUGGCCGCUAAAGGCAUAAAAAGGCCUACACCUAUUCAAAUUCAAGGCAUUCCUGCUGUGCUAUCCGGUCGUGAUUUAAUUGGCAUUGCAUUUACUGGCUCAGGAAAAACGUUAGUUUUUGUACUACCCAUAAUUAUGUUUGCUUUAGAGCAAGAGUAUCGACUACCGUUCGAGCGAAAUGAAGGCCCAUAUGGAUUGAUAAUUUGCCCAUCUCGUGAAUUGGCGAAACAAACAUACGAUAUAGUCAUGCAUUAUAGUAAACACUUACAACAGUGUGGUAUGCCUGAAAUACGAGCUUGCCUAGCCAUUGGUGGGCUACCCGUUUCGAGUGCUAUGGAAGUUAUACAAAGAGGAGUUCACAUUAUGGUUGCAACACCAGGUCGUUUAAUGGAUAUGUUGGAGAAAAAAAUGGCAACACUAGAUAUAUGCAGAUACUUAUGUAUGGAUGAAGCUGAUCGGAUGAUUGACAUGGGUUUCGAGGAAGAUGUGCGUACAAUAUUUUCAUUCUUUCGUGGACAACGACAAACACUACUUUUUUCUGCUACUAUGCCAAAGAAAAUACAAAAUUUUGCACGAUCUGCAUUGGUGAAGCCAGUAACAAUCAAUGUCGGACGUGCUGGUGCGGCUUCCAUGAAUGUUACGCAAGAAGUGGAAUAUGUUAAGCAGGAAGCUAAAGUUGUGCAUUUAUUGGAUUGCCUGCAAAAAACUGCACCACCAGUACUAAUAUUCGCCGAAAAGAAGCAGGACGUUGAUUGCAUACAUGAAUAUCUACUACUCAAAGGCGUUGAAGCGGUAGCAAUUCAUGGUGGCAAAGAUCAAGAGGAGCGUUCGCGAGCUGUUGAGGCUUAUCGUGAUGGCAAAAAAGAUGUACUAGUCGCUACUGAUGUCGCCUCAAAAGGUUUGGAUUUUCCAAACGUACAGCAUGUGAUAAACUAUGAUAUGCCCGAUGAUGUUGAAAACUAUGUACAUCGUAUAGGUCGUACAGGUCGUUCUAAUACCAAGGGACUUGCCACCACUUUUAUCAAUAAAACUGCUGAACAGUCUGUCUUGUUAGAUUUGAAGCAUUUAUUGAUUGAAGCGAAGCAAAAGGUUCCUGAAUUUCUUAAUGAACUAUGUCCCGAACCGGAAAAUUACUUGGAUCUUGGCGAUUCGCAUGGUUGCAGUUAUUGUGGUGGUCUAGGUCAUCGUAUCACUGAAUGUCCGAAGCUUGAAGCUGUACAAAGUAAGCAAGCUUCAAACAUUGGACGACGGGACUAUUUAUCAAAUACUGCUGCAGAUUACUAAGUUUAAGGGCCCCUACAACGACAACAACUAAGUUCAGGGCAUAAUCUUAUCAUUUAAAGUUUUGUGAAACUAGUUUCUAACUUUCGAUCUUCAUAAGUAUAUGAAUAAUUUGUAAAAAUAUAAUUUAUAAAUACAUAUCCGCAGGUUUAUGUAACAUGCA